UUUAACAUAACGUGUAGCAGCGCUUUUCAUCGUCAGUCUGUUUAGUCGAACCGCAGCAUUCGCUCCUACAACGUCAGCUGCUCGGACUUCAAUUCAAUUUGUUUUUCUCCCUAAGUUUUUUCAACCCUAAACCGUAGCCAUGUCCGACGAUGAAGAGUACACCAGCUCCGAGGAGGAGGAGGUUGUCGAGGAGACCCGCGAGGAGACGUAAAAAACCACCUCAGACACCAGCCGAAGGAGAGGGCGACCCAGAGUUCAUCAAGCGUCAGGACCAGAAGCGCUCCGACCUCGAUGAUCAGCUGAAAGAAUACAUCACCGAGUGGCGCAAACAGAGAUCCAAGGAGGAGGAUGAGCUGAAGAAGCUGAAGGAGAAGCAGGCCAAGCGCAAGGUCACCCGCGCCGAGGAGGAGCAGAAGAUGGCCCAGCGCAAGAAGGAGGAGGAGGAGCGCCGUGUCCGCGAGGCCGAGGAGAAGAAGCAGCGCGAGAUCGAGGAGAAGCGCAUGCGCCUCGAGGAGGCCGAGAAGAAGCGCCAGGCGAUGCUGCAGGCCAUGAAGGACAAGGACAAGAAGGGCCCCAACUUCACCAUUGCCAAGAAGGAUGCAGGCGUGUUGGGACUCUCGUCCGCCGCCAUGGAACGUAACAAGACUAAGGAACAGUUGGAGGAGGAGAAGAAGAUCUCGCUGUCGUUCCGCAUCAAGCCCUUGGCCAUUGAAGGAUUCGGAGAGUCCAAGCUGCGCGAGAAGGCCCAGGAACUGUGGGAGCUCAUUGUCAAAUUGGAAACUGAGAAGUAUGACUUGGAAGAAAGGCAGAAACGUCAGGACUACGAUUUGAAAGAGUUGAAGGAAAGACAGAAGCAACAGCUCAGGCACAAAGCCUUGAAGAAGGGUCUCGACCCAGAAGCUUUGACUGGCAAAUACCCGCCCAAGAUUCAAGUCGCCUCCAAGUAUGAGCGACGUGUGGACACCCGCUCAUAUGAUGACAAGAAGAAGCUCUUCGAGGGUGGCUGGGAUGCCAUCAGCAAGGACUCGAACGAGAAGAUCUGGAACGAGAAGAAGGAGCAAUACACCGGCCGUCAAAAAUCCAAACUGCCAAAGUGGUUCGGCGAGCGACCAGGCAAGAAGGCCGGUGAGCCCGAGACACCCGAGGGCGAGGAGGACGCCAAGGCCGAUGAGGACAUCGUCGAGGAUGAUGAGGAGGUCGAGGAGGAGGUCGUCGAGGAGGAUGACGAGGAGGCCGAGGAGGAUGAGGAGGAGGAGGAGGAGGAAGAGGAGGAGGAAGAGGAGGAGGAAGAGGAAGAGGAGGAGGAAGAGGAGGAGGAAGAGGAGGAGGAGGAAUAGACCAAUCCACCCAAACACUCUCUCGGCCCGCCCUCGCGCACCACCACUUUCCUUCACCACUUUUCGUAAAACAAACACUCUACAUUUAAAUACCAAAGCCAAACAAUUUUAAUAAAAGUAAAAGAAUGAACUAAAUAGUUAUGAUAUAUCUUAGCUUAUUCGCCAAAACAACUUGCUAUUCAAAAUCAAAAAACUCAACAUCUUUUUUAUUGAAUCGAGAAAUGUAAGAUUUCUUUAAAAUAAAACAUCAAAACCAACACCAACUAAGUCAAAUACUAGCAAAACCAAAACCAAAACCAAAAACAACCAACCAACCAACAACAAACGAAAAAGCGAAACAAUCAAGAUAUUAAAGUGUGUUAUGGCAUCAUAUCUAUGAACAA